AUGGCGUCCAGCGCCGGUGAUAUGCCCGAGGUGAAAUUCAAGAGGACCGGCAGCCUGGGGAGCAGCGACUACGUGCGAGCCGACAAGAUCGACCUCACCAGCCUCGACAUCCAGCUGGAGCAGCAGCUCAACAAGAAAUGGGGCAAGACCAACAUCAAGUCCCAGGGACCCAAGGCGGACUGGGAGAUUGACCUUGCUAAGCUGGAGAUCCGGCACGUCAUCGCCCAGGGCACAUAUGGAACCGUCUACCGCGGCACCUAUGAUGGCCAGCAGGUCGCAGAACCUCAAAUAGGUACAGGUUUUGAGAUUAGGAAUUUGGGAUUGUUUUGUUCACAAUGUUACGCAAUAUACGAGCACCCUAUUAAUUUCAUCAUAUUGUUUGCAGUGAAGCUGUUGGAUUGGGGAGAAGAUGGUUUUGCCACAGAAGCCGAAACUACUGCUUUACGAACAUCAUUUAAGCAGGAGGUUGCUGUUUGGCAUAAGCUCAGCCAUCCUAACGUUACAAGGUUUAUUGGUGCGUCUAUGGGGACCACCGACCUCAAGAUACCAGUCAAUGACAACGGUGCGCGUGCCAACUUGCCAGCUAGAGCAUGUUGUGUUGUGGUAGAGUAUCUCGCUGGAGGCACUUUGAAGCAGUAUCUGAUAAAGAACAGACGGCGGAAGCUCGCCUACAAAGUUGUGGUUCAGCUUGCAUUGGAUCUGUCCAGGGGAUUGAGCUAUCUACACUCUAGAAAGAUAGUACAUCGCGACGUGAAAACUGAAAAUAUGCUGCUUGAUACACAGCGUAACCUUAAGAUUGCUGAUUUUGGCGUUGCACGUGUUGAGGCUCAGAAUCCGAAGGAUAUGACUGGUGCGACAGGCACACUUGGUUAUAUGGCCCCAGAGGUUCUUGAUGGUAAACCAUACAACAGGAAAUGUGAUGUUUACAGUUUCGGCAUCUGCCUGUGGGAAAUCUAUUGCUGUGACAUGCCAUACCCAGACCUAAGUUUUGCCGAUGUCUCUUCUGCUGUUGUUCACCAGAAUUUGCGGCCAGACAUACCCCGCUGCUGUCCAAGUGCGUUUGCGAACAUUAUGCGUAAAUGCUGGGACGGAAACCCUGACAAACGCCCGGAUAUGGAUGAGGUGGUGCAGCUUAUGGAGGCCCUCGACACAAGCAAAGGCGGCGGUAUGAUACCAGAUGGUCAGUCGUCCGGAUGCUUAUGUUUCACCAGGGCCCGUGGCCCGUAG